UCAGAAAGGGCGAGAGCUGAUUUGUGAAGGAGCUUCCCAAGAUGAGCCCAGCUCUCCGUGACAUUGUAUCCUCUCUGCAGAGAAGUGGAGCCUUUAUCAACACUCUAAUUGCUGCUUUGACCAUCGGUGGGCAACAGCUCUUCUCCUCUUUCACAUUCAGUUGUCCCUGUCAGGCUGGGAAAAAUGUCUACUACGGUUCUGCUUUUCUGGUCAUUCCUGCCUUAAUCCUUCUGGGUGCCGGCUUUGCUCUGAGAAGCCAGACGUGGACAAUCACCAGUGAGUACUGCUGCAGCUGCGUCCCUCAACUCCGGAAGAUCAGCCUCCUGGAGCGCAGGCUGGCUUGCCUUCACUUCUUCGGCAUCACCGGAAGGGCACUUGUUGCUCCAUUAACGUGGCUGGCGGUGACCCUGCUGACGGGCACGUACUACGAAUGUGCGGCAAGUGAAUUCGCGUCUGUGGACCAUUACCGAGCGUUUGACAACAUCAGUGCGGGCGAACGGCAAGAGAUCCUAGCCGGGUUUCCAUGCUGCAGAUCAGUUCCAUCCAAUAUGGCCCUGGUCAGAGACGAAGUAGCGCUGCUACAUAGAUACCAGUCACAGAUGCUGGGCUGGAUUCUGAUCACCUUGGCAACCAUCACUGCCCUAGUCUCCUACUCUUUGGCAAGGUGCUGCUCACCCCUCACCGCCCUGCAGCAUCGCUACUGGACCAACCACCUCCACAACGAGAGCGAGCUCUUUGAACAAGCCGCAGCACAGCAUUCACGGCUCCUCAUCCUGCAGCGUAUAAAGAAGCUAUUUGGCUUCAUUCCUGGAAAUGAAGAUGUCAGACACAUCCAUAUUCCUUCAUGUCAGGACUGGAGAGAGAUGUCAGUCCCCAGCUUUCUCUGCAUGGGUAAUGAUGUGCAAGGUAACUACAGCUUCCUUGGAGGCAGGGUGGAUGAGGAUAAUGAGGAAGGCAGAUCAGGAGGUAUUGAAUUAAAGCCUUAAUCAUAGCACCUUUCACAAUUCAAAUAUUUUAUUUUUAUGAGGACAGAGUUUCCAUGUAAUCUCUUCAUCUUUUUCUCUCUCUUCUGAUAUUUAUGUCCGUUCAUCUGAAAUGCUAUUUCUGAAAUCAAUCUGAUCAUGGUAACAAUUUCUCAUUUUGAAAUUUCAUUGAUGGUCUUGUAGUGCAUAUAUUGGUCUGAUUUUUUUUUUUUACAAAAAUGAAAACUGUAGUCAUAUCAAAAUUUGGAUCCUAGUUUUGUUACUUAGUAGCUGUGCAAAAAUGAAUAUCUUUUGAGUGCUGUUUUGUAUCUGCACUCAGAUAGCAGCUACUUCAGAGCUUUUGUGAGGACAUAUAUGACAAAUAUGAUAAUACAAGCUAAGUACUCAGCACAAUGCCUUUCAUAAAAUAAGUGCUCAUAAAUGAUAUUUUUGCCCUUCCUCUUUGCAUUGCUUGUCUUUUACCAUUAUUUUCGCUAUCUCGAAGUUUUGUUUUUAAAAUUUUCUACCUCUGUAUAAUACGCAGCUUCUUUUCACUGUUUCUUCCUCUUUCUUCAAGCUUAAAUAUCUGACCUUUUGGGAAUCAGGAUAAAAAAAAAAAAAUCCCUUUCUAGACUGUUACCAUGUAGGGGGAAGCCCAGGCAAGACAGUCCUGAGUCAUCUUGCCAUACCCAAGGAAAGAUGAACACAUAUUGUAUCCUCACCAGUGUCAUAAGUGUUAUUUGUGGCACCUCCAUAGUGGAAACAUUUUUACAGCUAUGAUAUAGAAAGUUUAUUCUAGAAAGUUCCGCCUGUGUCCCACUACCAGGACACCAUCUAUGUCUUUUUGUUAUCACACCUUUGUACUCAAAAUCCAUUUUAGGAAGGGAGGCUGCAAGCUAUAUUUGUAGAUCCAUUAUCUAAACUCUAAAAGGGAAGACCUACCUACAUUUUUACUUCUAAUA